CACUUCACAGAUAAGCUAACGUUAACAAAGCUAUAGUGAGAGGCCGUAAGCGUCGUUUUUGAAACAUAUUUGUACUCCUGCUGCUACGACUAUGGAGCCCAGCGAUACAGGGCGAGGAGGAUGGAAGUCAAAGUCUAUCCCCCCACAGAAAAACAAGAUGAACAUGUAUAUUAUCCGUCAAGAGAAUCUGAUAGCUCAAAAGAAGAAGGAGAUUGAGGCCAGAAUGGCAGAGCAAGCAAAAAUGAACGUGCAAACCACAAGCAAACCUCUGCCUCCAAGUUCUCCCACUCUUCAAGGAGCCUCCUCAAACAAGUUUGCAAAUGAUGGAAGCUUCUUACAGCAGUUCAUGAAGAUGCAGAAAGAGAAGUCCAACAAUGUGUCUGGUUCCACAAGUGAUACCAAACCUCCCACAACAUUGACUUCACCACCAGGAGCAAAUGCACUGCAGAAAAAGAGCAUUCUUGUUGGCAAGCGGCCUGGCCUUGGAGUCAGUAGCAUGCUUAGUCAGUUCAAGAACUACUCGCACUCCAAGAAGAAUCCCGUUCUCAGCCAGAGGCCAAGUGUGUUUUGUUCUCCCGAUGAUGAAGAUGAGGAAGAAGAGGCCGAUUACUCCAGAUUCUUAGAGAUGAAAGUCUCUCCCCCAGAGGAUUCAGACACCAGACUAAUUAUCAACAAGAUGGCCUCGUUUGUGGCGGAGGGAGGAGCUGAGCUGGAGAGAAAGGCCAAAGAAGACUACAAGGACAAUCCUGUUUUCUCGUUUUUAUAUGAUAAGAGCAGCCUGGAGUAUCUAUACUACAAAAAAAGAGUUGCAGAAUUGAGAAAGGAUUUGCUAAGACCCGAGGAUACGUUGGAUUAUGUCUCCCCCCCAGUGGACGCGGAAACCCAGCAGGUGGCUGAGAAGCUGGCCAGGUUUGUGGCGGAGGGUGGCCCCGAGGUGGAAGCCAUCACUGCUGAGCGUAACCGAGACAAUCCUGCCUGCAGUUUUUUAUUUGACCACCAAAGUCCAGCGCACCGCUUCUACAAAGAGAAAAUACAGGAGUUUCGUGCUGCAGCCGCCCAGAGCUCUCCACCUCCAGCAUCAGAGUCAAGGACAGACCUACAGCGACCAGCUGCUCCGUCAUCAGCAGGAAUCCCUCCACCGCUGAACCCUGCGUCUCUACCCCACAUUCAGCAGGCAGAAACUCCGCCUGUCAAACGGAAGAGAAAGAGUCGAUGGGGGUCUGAGGAUGACAAAGUCGAGUUGCCCAUUCCUCCCAUUAUUGUUCCUCCAGAGAUUAAUGUUCCAGACCCAAACACACCCUCUCUCUCCGCCCAGGAGCUGAGAGGCCUUGGUUAUAAGAAGGGGAAACCUCUUGGUCUGGUCGGAGUGACAGAACUAUCUGAAGACCAGAAGAAACAACUCAAAGAACAACAAGAGAUGCAAGAGAUGUACGACAUGAUCAUGAAGCACAAGCGAGCGAUGGCAGAGAUGCAGGUGAUGUGGGAGAAGGCCAUUAGAGACCACCAACAUGAAUACGACAGUGAUGAAGAAGUGGACCAGCAGGCGGGCACCUGGGAACAUCGUCUCCGAAAGAUGGAAAUGGAGAAGACCCGUGAGUGGGCAGAAUCUCUGACAGAAAUGGGUAAAGGGAAACAUUUUAUUGGUGACUUCCUGCCCCCUGAGGAGCUGGAGAAGUUCAUGGAGACGUUCAAGGCACUCAAGGAGGGCCGAGACCCAGACUACUCAGAAUACAAAGAGUUCAAGUUGACGGUGGAGAAUCUUGGUUUCCGAAUGCUUAUGAAGAUGGGCUGGAAGGAAGGAGAAGGCCUGGGCAGUGAGGGACAGGGCAUCAAGGCUCCUGUCAACAAGGGAACUACCGCUAUGAACGGAGCAGGGUUUGGAGUUGACCGCCCAGCUGAGCUCACAAAAAGUGACGACGAGUAUGACGCUUAUAGGAAGAGGAUGAUGCUUGCUUACCGCUUCAGGCCCAACCCCCUGAAUAAUCCACGGAGACCAUAUUACUGAUGUAGAGGACUGUUUUUGUUUAUUCUCGUUUGUCAUUACUUCAAAGUUCCUUGCUGCUGCCACAGUUCUGCACGGUUGUGAAGUGGACACUGUCGCACCAUAGAAAUUUUCAAAUUUGAAAUGUGUGAUGAGUAGAGAGAUUGGCUGAUUCUCUGUCACAACUGAGGUUUAACUUGAGAAAAAAGAAGUCAAAAUGUUUUCUUAAAAUGAUCGCAUUAGAUCAGUAAUGAUCAUGUUUUGUUACAUUUUGUUUUAAUACUGUAACAGCUUCAAAUCUCCUAAAAUGUAUACACUCACAUCGCCUGACUUCCGGAAUGAUUUCACUCUUCGGUUUGUUACCAUUUUGUUUCCUUUCAGACCUCGACUUUGAAUUCCCAAAUUUUAUAACACGGUUCUGUAUUAGGACACAAUCUUAUGUAUAAUUUUUGCAUCGAGUAAUUUAUCUCACUGUGCUAUAACUAAUUUUUGAUUCCUGUCAUUAUAUUCAUCAGUAUUCACAAUAAAACAUGGCCACUUAAUGAAAUGUGGAGUUAUCACACUUA